AUGGCUGCCGUGCAGACCACCAUCAAGACGGAGCUCUGCUCCUUCAGCGAGUACCGUAUCUAUCCGGAGUCACCGCGCCUGAUAGCUUGCUUGUGGGUUGCAUCGAAGGUCUGGCGCCGAGCCAACAAGAAGAGCAGAGGAGAGUCCGUGGCGAAACGCAGAACACGUAAGGGGGCCAAAGUGCAGAAGGCAAUUGUGGGAAUUUCUCUUGAAGAAAUUAAACAGAAAAGAGCAACCAAGCCAGACGCCUCAAAGAUGAGGAAGAUGCCGGCUAAGGAAAAGGAUAAGAAAGAGAAAAAGGAAAAGCCAAAGGCCUCUGUCAUUCCCGGCGCUCGCGCGGCCCCAGCAAAGAUGAUCCCUCGUCAGAAGAUGACGGCAUCACGCCUGAUGUAA